GGACGGAAUUUUGUGUUGUGUUAGAUUGUGACGUAGGAGUGCUCGUUCUUUAUACAUGUGCUAAGUGGUACAUUAAUGGACCUGGUGUAGUUAAACCAGAAGAGACGGAGGCGUUGACGGAGUUUUUGUUUCCCUCCGACCAUGUUUGAAAAGAACACCGCGAGUUAAACAGGGACGAAUUUAAGCUGAUGUGCAGUCUGGUGGAGUUUGAGCUGACUGUCGGCGAGAAUCUUCGCUUUUAUUAAACGAUCUGAUCAUUUGUUUGACGUCACCAGUGUUAUCAGAAGUGCUACAGUUUUAUGUUUUUGGGUCUUCUAGAAGAUAUUUUUAAUUGGAUAUUUUCAGAGAGUAAGAAGUGGAGACAAAAGAGUACGAGAGGAAGUAAAAUGAAUGAAGAUGCUAAUGGAGAUAAGGCUUGGUAUAUGCACCAAGCUUAUUCUCGAUACUGGCGACAUUAUCACCAAGCAAUGUUAUGGCAAAAAAGGCAUAAACAGGCUUAUAGCAAAGCAGUUCAGAGCAUUGGCUGUUUUCCCUUUAGUUCAUCAACAGUGAACACUCAUCGCUAUUCUGACUGGAAUGAGGACGACUAUUAUGCUUAUUCUGAUUACUGCUUUGGCUCUGGCAAAGAAAAAAAUUGGACCUAUCAUUCAAAAUUUAGGAAAGGGGAAGAUGACAGAGCGCUGGAUAUAGAAGACCAUGAAUCAGAAACUGAUGAAGAGUCAGAAACUGACAGCGAAAUUGAGUGUGAUGUCACCAACAUGGAAAUAACGGAAGAACUACGCCAAUAUUUUGCCCAAACAGAGAAACACAGAAAAGAACUUAAAGAACAGCAGCAGCUGGAAGCAGAGCAGCACAGCUCAUACAUGCCGGCAGACCAUGGUCUGCAUUCCAUAUCUGGUCGAAGUGCAAAACCACCUCUGGAAAAACCUGGCGAGAGACGGGUAGCGGAAAUGAAGAAACUUUAUGGGGAAGACGCUGCCAAAAUCCAGGGCAUGGAAACGGCCAUGCAGCUCACCUUUGACAGGAACUGUGACAAGAAACAGCCAAAAUACUGGCCAGUGAUCCCACUUAAACUGUAAAAGUGAGUUUGUGGGCUUGGUAAAUGAAACUUUUUUUUUUUUUUAUAAACAUUGUUUUUCUUUCCUGCUUCAUUUUUCCCCCAACAUUCAUCUUGACAUGCUAAGUUGGAUUAGUUACUUUAGUGGUUGCCCAGUGUUUUUAUGGGAUAUCAUGUUAGCAGUCGUAUACCCACAAUUCAUAGUUUAGCUUCGGUGCAUUGGUAUUAUAGCUGAUCAUAAAUUUCUUAUGGUACUUUAGUUAUUGUUCUGGCAGAAUUGAAGUCUGUAACCUGUAAGUCUAUUAAAACAUAUGUAAGCAUUUUCAAUUGGCUUCUUUUAAUAUGCAUUUAAAUUUACUACCAGUUGUGAUGGUCAUUUGGAUGCCAUUUUGAUUUCUUUGGCAUGAUAUAUUGUCACCAAGCCAAGUGGUUAUCGAUUCAAAUAAAAGUGUAAAAUCAA